AUGGCGUGCGUUGCGUCUUCGUAUUCUCUGCCCCUGCUGCGACCUUUGUCGAACAACACAGGCAUCGCCAUUUGUAGAAAAAGCUACGUGCAAUGUUGCAGAAACAAAGAACCAGAACCAGAACCAGAAUCAUGUUUUGGCAUUCAAUGUCAAGCCAAGAGAAGACAAGUUUUGCUUGGGACGACGUUUGCUGCAUUUUCGUUUCCGGAACUUAUUUCAAAUGCGUUGGCAGAGAAUGAUGUGCCUGAGGGUUUUCGCAUUUACAUUGAUGAUGUGAACAAAUUCAAGAUAUUGAUUCCUCAAGACUGGCAAGUAGGUGCUGGAGAACCAACUGGGUUUAAAUCAGUAACCGCUUUCUAUCCGGAAGAGGGAUAUAGCUCAAUUAGCGUUGUAAUCACGGGACUUGGUCCGGAUUUUACACAGAUGGAAUCCUUUGGCAAAGUUGAAGCCUUUGCUGAGACUCUGGUUAGCGGAUUAGACAGGAGCUGGCAAAGACCAGCAGGAGUGACAGCAAAACUUAUAGAUUGCAAAGCAUCUAAAGGGCUUUACUUCAUCGAGUAUUCGCUGCAAAAACCUGGUGAAAGUGUGAAGCACCUGUUUUCAGCUCUUGGGAUGGCAACAAACGGCUGGUACAACAGACUAUAUACCGUGACCGGACAGUAUGUAGAGGAAGAAUCAGAUAAAUACAGUUCCAAUAUUGAGAAGGCUGUCAAAUCCUUCAAGUUCAUUUGA